CACUACCCGGCCCGCGGCGGCCGCUCCCACCUUCACGCGAGUCCGGGGCCCCGCGCGUUUUCUCCCGCGAAGUAACUUUUGUGUUCCCGCCUCCUCCCUGCCCGCCUCCCGGGUCCUGGGUACCAGAGGCGGCGCCGAGGCAGGGGGCGGUCCCCUGGCGGCGCCGGCUCUCCUCAGAGCCAGACUUUUUGCUCCUGGACUCGGUUUGCAUCAUCCCCCAUCGCACCCUCAGGAAAGAAGAGCCAGCCUCACUCGCCAGCCUCAGCUUCCGGCUCCAAGCCGAUCCCCUCCCCCGCGGAGCCCCCCGCUGCCCUAGGCCCCCUUCCCCGCCUCGUCCCCGGCGGCGCCAGCUGCUGCUCUCGCUUUCCCCGCUGCUGUCUGAUGUCCCUCAGGCUCUGAAGGAUGGUCGAUCUGGAGAGUGAAGUGCCCCCCCUGCCUCCCAGGUACCGGUUUCGCGAUUUGCUGCUCGGGGACCAAGGAUGGCAGAACGAUGACAGGGUACAAGUUGAAUUCUAUAUGAAUGAAAACACAUUUAAAGAAAGACUAAAGUUGUUUUUCAUUAAAAACCAGAGAUCAAGUCUAAGGAUACGCCUAUUCAAUUUUUCUCUAAAAUUAUUAAGCUGCUUAUUGUACAUAAUUCGAGUACUACUAGAAAACCCUUCACAAGGAAAUGAAUGGUCUCAUAUCUUUUGGGUGAACAGAAGUCUACCUUUGUGGGGUUUACAGGUUUCAGUGGCAUUAAUAAGUCUAUUUGAAACAAUACUACUUGGUUAUCUCAGUUAUAAGGGAAACAUCUGGGAACAGAUUUUGCGGAUGCCCUUCAUCUUGGAAAUAAUUAACGCAGUACCCUUCAUUAUUUCAAUAUUCUGGCCAGCCUUAAGGAAUUUGUUUGUCCCAGUCUUUCUAAACUGUUGGCUGGCAAAGCAUGCCUUGGAAAAUAUGAUUAACGACCUGCACAGAGCCAUUCAACGUACACAGUCUGCAAUGUUUAAUCAAGUUUUGAUUUUAAUAUCUACUUUACUCUGCCUUAUCUUCACCUGCAUUUGUGGAAUCCAGCAUUUGGAACGAAUCGGAAAGAAAUUGAAUCUUUUUGACUCACUGUAUUUCUGCAUCGUGACAUUUUCGACUGUGGGCUUUGGGGAUGUCACUCCUGAAACAUGGUCUUCCAAGCUUUUUGUUGUUGCUAUGAUCUGUGUGGCUCUGGUGGUUCUCCCUAUACAGUUUGAACAGCUGGCCUAUUUGUGGAUGGAGAGGCAAAAGUCAGGUGGGAACUAUAGCCGACAUAGAGCUCAGACUGAAAAGCAUGUUGUUCUGUGUGUCAGCUCACUGAAGAUUGACUUACUUAUGGACUUUUUAAAUGAGUUCUAUGCUCAUCCAAGACUGCAGGAUUAUUAUGUUGUGAUUUUGUGUCCUACUGAAAUGGAUGUGCAAGUUCGAAGAGUACUGCAGAUUCCAAUGUGGUCCCAAAGAGUUAUUUACCUUCAGGGUUCAGCCCUGAAAGACCAGGACCUAUUGAGGGCAAAGAUGGAUGAUGCUGAGGCCUGUUUUAUUUUGAGUAGCCGUUGUGAAGUGGACAGGACUUCAUCUGAUCACCAAACGAUUUUGAGAGCGUGGGCAGUAAAAGAUUUUGCUCCAAAUUGUCCUUUGUAUGUCCAGAUCUUAAAGCCUGAAAACAAAUUUCAUAUCAAGUUUGCUGAUCAUGUUGUUUGUGAAGAAGAGUUUAAAUACGCCAUGUUAGCUUUAAACUGUAUAUGCCCAGCAACUUCUACACUUAUUACACUACUGGUUCAUACCUCUAGAGGGCAGGAAGGCCAGCAGUCGCCAGAGCAAUGGCAGAAGAUGUACGGCAGAUGCUCCGGGAAUGAAGUCUACCACAUUGUUCUGGAAGAAAGCACAUUUUUUGCGGAAUAUGAAGGAAAGAGUUUUACAUAUGCUUCUUUUCAUGCACACAAAAAGUUUGGUGUUUGCUUGAUUGGUGUCAGGAGGGAGGAUAAUAAAAACAUUUUGCUGAAUCCAGGUCCUCGCUACAUUAUGAAUGCUUCCGAUAUAUGUUUUUAUAUUAAUAUUACCAAAGAAGAGAAUUCAGCGUUUAAGAACCAAGACCCGCAGAGAAAAAACAAUGCACCAAGGUCGUUUUAUCAUGGACCUUCCAGACUGCCUGUACAUAGCAUCAUUGCCAGCAUGGGUACAGUGGCCAUAGACCUACAGGACACAAGCUGUAGAUCAGCAAGUGGCCCUACCCUGACUCUUCCUGUAGAGGGAGGUAAAGAGCUAAGAAGACCUAGUAUUGCUCCUGUUUUAGAGGUUGCAGACACAUCAUCAAUCCAAACAUGUGAUCUUCUAAGUGACCAAUCAGAAGAUGAGAACACACCAGAUGAGGAAAUCUCUUCAAAUUUGGAGUACGCUAAAGGCUACCCACCAUAUUCUCCUUAUAUAGGAAGUUCACCCACUUUCUGUCAUCUCCUUCAGGAAAAAGUGCCAUUUUGCUGCUUAAGAUUAGAUAAGAGUUGCCAGCAUAACUACUAUGAGGACGCAAAAGCCUAUGGAUUCAAAAAUAAACUAAUUAUAGUUGCAGCUGAAACAGCUGGAAAUGGAUUGUAUAAUUUUAUUGUUCCUCUCAGGGCAUAUUAUAGACCAAAGAAAGAACUUAAUCCUAUAGUACUGCUGUUGGAUAACCCCCUAGAUGACUUACUCAGGUGCGGUGUGACCUUUGCUGCCAACAUGGUGGUUGUGGACAAAGAGAGCACCAUGAGCGCCGAGGAGGACUACAUGGCCGAUGCCAAGACCAUCGUGAACGUGCAGACCCUUUUCAGGUUGUUUUCCAGUCUCAGUAUCAUCACAGAGCUCACUCACCCAGCCAACAUGAGAUUUAUGCAGUUCAGAGCCAAGGACUGUUAUUCUCUCGCUCUUUCAAAACUGGAAAAGAAAGAACGGGAGAGAGGGUCUAAUUUGGCUUUUAUGUUUCGGCUGCCUUUUGCCGCUGGAAGAGUAUUUAGCAUCAGUAUGUUGGACACACUUUUGUAUCAGUCAUUUGUGAAGGAUUAUAUGAUUUCUAUCACCAGACUUCUUCUGGGACUGGAUACAAUACCAGGAUCUGGCUUUCUCUGUUCCAUGAAAAUCACUGAGGAGGACUUAUGGAUCAGAACUUACGCCAGGCUUUAUCAGAAGUUGUGUUCAUCCACUGGAGAUGUUCCCAUUGGAAUCUACAGGACUGAAUGUCAGAAACUCACCACAUCUGAGUCUCGUGAAAUAGCAUCCCAAUCUCAAAUAUCUAUCAGUGUGGAAGAGUGGGAGGACACCAAAGAGCAAGGGCAUCACCGCAGCAACCACCGCAACUCCACGUCCAGUGACCAGUCUGAGCACCCCCUGCUGCGCAGGAAGAGCAUGCAGUGGGCCCGGAGGCUGAGCAGAAAAGGCCCCAAACACUCUGGGAAAACAGCAGAGAAAAUAACGCAGCAGCGGCUGAGCCUGUACAGGCGGUCGGAAAGACAGGAGCUUGCUGAACUGGUGAAAAACAGAAUGAAGCACUUGGGGCUCUCUACCGUGGGAUACGAUGAAAUGAAUGAUCAUCAAAGUACCCUCUCCUACAUCCUGAUUAAUCCAUCUCCAGAUACGAGACUAGAGCUGAAUGAUGUUGUAUACUUAAUCAGGCCAGAUCCUUUGGCCUAUCUUCCAAAUAGUGAACCCAGCCGAAAAAACAGCAUUUGCAACGCCACGGGUCAAGACACACGGGAGGAGACUCAACUUUGAUUAGCAAGAAGAGACUUAUUUUUUUCUCCUACAAAGAUUUUGCUUGAAAUAACAUAAGUGAAAGGAAAGAGACUGGAAUGUGUUAAGUUCUGCCAUGUUUAAAAACAGAAUCUAUUCUCUUAUGAUUCUAGAUCACUUUAAAAUUUAAUGUACUAUUUAUCGACUCGACCUCUAUUGGUCUUUGGAAGGUGUCAGCAGAAUGAUUUUGAAGACCUAAAUUAAAAUACAAAAUUUAGAUUUUAU